AUGUCUUCUAAAUCUAAACGUCAUUGUAAUAGUGUAUUAUGGUUUAUAACAUUAAUUAUUUUUGCUAUACCUAUAUCAUUAUGUUUAUCAUGGAUCUAUAUAUUAUUAAUUAUUUGUAAUCCAUGUUCAGAAAGAUUAACUGAAUGUACAGAAAGUUUAUUAAAAGAAACCAUUGACAUUGAGUUUUGUCCAAAACAAGAACCACCAAAAUACGAAAGAGAAUAUGUACAGGAUGACUUGAUCAGCUGUGUCAAACGAUGUGAUAAGUACAUUCUAACAGGUGGUUACGAUGGUACACUGCAUAUAUGGAGCUUGGAUAGCAAAAGCGCCAUAUUAUCUAUGGAGUUGGAGGAAAAAGUUAAAUGUGUAGAAUGGAUCAGUCUAGAUCAAACCAAAAAUGAGGCGGUUUUUGUAACUGGCGGUUUUGACCAAACAGCUCAGAUAUGGCACUGGGAUCUUAGUUCAAAUAAAGUUAAUUGUAUUGCUGUUUGUCGUGGACAUUCUGAAACUGUGAUGACCGCAGCCUCACGCUUGUCUAAUAAUUCUGAUACUCAUACAACACAUUUCGCUACAGGAUCUUGGGAUACAACUAUCAAAAUAUGGUCGGCAGGGAUUGAACCUACAGAUCUGUCUGAAGAAACAGGUGGUAUUGUACAUGUGAGGAAAUCGACUAGCAAAACACCUACUAGAAUCCCGUUAUUCACCUUAGCGGGACAUCGGGAAACUGUCACACGCAUUUGCUGGUUACCUUCCACUCUUACUAAUGAUAGCGAAAUAAAGCCUGGUGGAAACCAGCUACUGUCUAUCAGUUGGGAUCAUAGUCUACGUAUUUGGGAUUGUGAAGCGGCCAAAGGUAACACUGGUGCUGAAGUCCGGUGUAUACUUUCCAAUCAUGCUUUGCAUGAUGCAGACGUCAAUAGCAGAGGUAUUUUGACUGCUUCUUCUGAUAACUGUAUUCGGAUAUUUGAUCCACGAGCAGAAGCACCUUUAGUACUCUCUGGAUUUCAAGGACAUACAGGCUGGUUGACUUCAGUUGCUUGGGCACCUCAUAGACAAGAUCAGUUUAUAUCUGGAUCAAUUGAUCGUAGUGUUCGCCUAUGGGAUACACGUAAUCCUCGUUCCUCUCUAUAUGACUUAAUGGGACAUGCUGAUAUUGUGACAGAUGUUGAUUGGGCGCCUGCAAUUAAAUUACUUACUAAUGAUAAACCUAUACAUUAUAUCUUAAGUUCAUCAGCUGAUUCUACUGUAAAAGUUUAUCAUUAUCCAGAGUGAUAUAAUUUAUGUUUUAAUUAUAACAAUCAAAUAUCUGUUUUUGAUAGUAUAAAAAUGCAUUUGUCUGUUCUCGAAUUAAGAAAAUAAAAUAAAACAAC